AUGUCCGAAGAGAGGUCGCGGCGGUUGUCACAGAUCUUCGACCCGCUGUCGAGGUUCACAGACCACAGUGGGGCGGGUCAGUCGGCCAGUACGCCGAACAGCCCUCGGUUGUUGCCGAGGCGGGCUAGGGAUGGACAGCCCCCGCCACCCAGGCCGUUCGCACACUCCUCCCGUCUGGACCCUUUGGAGUACGAGCUGGCUGCAGCCCAGGACACCAUUAACUGGCAGGAGCGAUGCUUGGAGCUUCAGCUUGAGCUGCACAGGAGUAAACACCAGGCCACGCGGGUCAGGGAUAUGCUACGAGAUAAGUUCGGGAUUACACAUAGAGUAAUUGAAACAGUAGCGCUUAAUGUUGCUUAUAGUUCCACACCAUUACGACUCUUGUUCUCGUAG